UCCCUCCCGGCCACCGUCCGGCUCGGGCCUCGGCUCUCUCCUGGGCCCGGUGGGGACGCCGGACUGGACCCGUUGCCGUCUGACUCUUGUCCUGGCCCAGGCGGGGUAGCCGGUGGAGACCCUCACGGAUGCGGGACUCCCGGACCAGGGCUACCCUGGAGGCUUGGACUCCUGCUUCUGCGCCCAUACAACAGCACUACAGGCCCAAAGGGACAGCCUCUCCGGGUCCCGAGCCAUUUCGUGAAGAGGAGACCUUGGGCGCAUCAUUUCUCCUCUCAGAGACUCGGUCUCCUCAUCUGGGAAAUGGAACUUGGUACACCGGUACCCCGAAGACUGGGGUACCGGCAGUAGGGGGUAUCAGCUCCUAGUAAAGAAACGUCCGAGUUCCUCCUUGUUUGGGGGGCCUGAUCCGGCCUCGCUCCUUAGGGCUGGUGAUGGAGCUGGGGGUAUGAGCAGUGAGGACAGACCCGCGCCCCAGCCCUGGGACACCCCACGGCAGGAGCAGAAGCCCGGCCUUCCUGUCUGUGUCACCUACCCCUAGGACAGCUCCCCUUGGGAGGUAGGAGUCCCGGUUUGUAAUCGGGCCUGAGGACUUGACUUGGGUCUAACCAGGAAUAAUUUGAAAUACAGGAAACAUGUCUCGAAGAUAUGACUCGAGGACCACUAUAUUUUCACCAGAAGGUCGCUUGUAUCAGGUGGAAUAUGCCAUGGAGGCUAUUGGACACGCAGGCACCUGCUUGGGAAUUUUAGCAAAUGAUGGUGUUUUGUUAGCUGCAGAGAGACGAAAUAUUCACAAGCUUCUGGAUGAAGUAUUUUUUUCAGAAAAGAUUUACAAGCUCAAUGAGGAUAUGGCUUGCAGUGUGGCAGGCAUAACUUCAGAUGCUAAUGUUUUAACUAAUGAACUGAGACUCAUUGCUCAAAGGUACCUAUUACAGUAUCAAGAGCCCAUUCCUUGUGAGCAGUUGGUUACAGCCUUGUGUGAUAUCAAACAAGCUUAUACACAGUUUGGAGGGAAGCGCCCUUUUGGUGUUUCACUGCUGUACAUCGGCUGGGAUAAACAUUAUGGUUUUCAGCUGUACCAAAGUGACCCCAGUGGGAAUUAUGGAGGAUGGAAGGCCACUUGCAUUGGAAAUAAUAGUGCGGCAGCUGUGUCAAUGUUAAAGCAAGACUACAAGGAAGGAGGGAUGACUCUGAAGUCAGCUCUUGCUUUAGCAAUUAAAGUGCUGAAUAAAACCAUGGAUGUUAGUAAACUUUCUGCUGAGAAAGUUGAAAUUGCCACAUUAACGAGAGAAAAUGGAAAGACGACAAUAAGAGUUUUAAAACAAAAAGAAGUGGAACAGUUGAUAAAGAAACAUGAAGAGGAAGAAGCAAAAGCAGAACGUGAAAAGAAGGAAAAAGAACAGAAAGAAAAGGAGAAAUAGAAUCUGAAAUCAGGGAUUUUUUUUAAUAGAUAACCUUAGGGUUCUUUUCAGCUUUAAAAAGCUGCUCUAAAAUUCACAAGCAGUCUCCACCUGGUUUUUCUUACUAUCUUCAGUGAGGAAACAGGACGUUACUUACUGGAUGGGGCUCUUGUCAUUUCUGUGCCCUUCCAUACUUUCCUGAAAUGAUGAUUAUUCCUCACGGACAGCUCAUGUCUGUUUUUUGAAUAAAACUUGGAAAGAAUGGGA